AUGUCAAUGGAAAUGAUGGCAACGGAACGUGUUUGUUAUGUUCACUGCAACUUCUGCAACACCAUUCUAGCGGUUAGUGUUCCAUACAGCAGUAUGCUAACCAUAGUGACGGUUAGAUGUGGACAUUGUGCUAAUUUGCUGUCAGUUAACAUGGGAGCGUCACUUCAACCAUUUCCUCCUCAAGACCCUCAGUCACAGAAGCAGCACCUAAGCUUUGAAGAACCAAGCAGCAAGGAGCUGGGAUCCUCAUCUUCAAAAUGUAACAAAGUAGCGCCAUUUGAGGCAGUAGAGCAUGAACAACCAAGGAUUCCUCCUAUUCGUCCUACAGAGAAGAGACAUCGUGUGCCUUCUGCUUAUAAUCGAUUCAUUAAGGAGGAAAUCCAAAGGAUUAAGGCUAGUAAUCCAGAUAUCAGCCACAGGGAGGCUUUCAGCUCCGCAGCCAAAAACUGGGCACAUUUCCCUCACAUUCACUUUGGGUUAAAGCUGGAUGGCAACAAGCAAGGAAAGUUGGACCAGGGGGAAGAAGCUGAAAAGUCCAAUGGAUUCUACUGA